AAAACAGCUUCCCUGAGAAAUACAGUGAGCACUUUCUGUGUGCCAAGACUGAGAGUUUGCAAAAGGGUUCUCGCCUCACCGUUGGCCUGCUUCUAAUGUGCUAUGGCUUCAAAUGAAACACAUGCGAUAUGGGAAAUUCUAAAACCUGUUGAUUUUGAGGAGCUCAUCCUGGCAUUCUGCUUGUCCAUAUUGAUGGGUCUACUCAUAGGAAUCUUGAUUUUCCUCCUCCUGACGUGGAUGUCACGACGCAGAGCUUCGGUCCGAAUCACCAGACGUCCAAACCAGCAUCCGGACUCUAAAAGCUCACAAAAUCAGCUCUGUCACCUCAGCCACUACAAGAGAUACGGGUUCGACAAGAACGGCGCAGGUGCUGGUAGAGCCGUAUUAAAUCUCCACAGACAGACGUCCGUAGACCCCAACGAGAUAUUGGGAAGAAGUCCCAGUUUCCAAAACGCAACUUUUCGGGCACCAAGAAAGGCGAAAAAGACCAAUGAUGAAGCAGAUGAUGAUAACCAGGAGGCACUGAUUCCAAACAUCACAGAUCCAUUAUGUACAGUACCAGCAGAGUCAUUUUGGUUGGGAAAGGGCAGUCUAAGAGGCUUUCUGCCCCGACAGACUCCACCACCUGCGUAUGAGAGCGUCAUUCACAUCUUUCAAGAGAGCUCUCAAAACAUGGCUUCAAUGUGAAGAAAAGAAGAAAAGUUCAUGUGGCCACUCUCUAACAGUCCUGCUUUGAUUUCAGAGGGAUCUGAUUUAUCCUUUUCAACAUUACUGACAUGCAGUGGUGUUUAAGGAAAAAUAACAUGGACAAAAAUGUAAUUACAUUUAACAUUGUGAAUAUUUUUUCAUGUUCCAUUGAAUAAACAUGGGCAUAGAAAAUA